CGCGGAGGCACGAGGAAGAUGAGAGGUGGAAGAGAGGGAAGAGGGGUUCGUACCAUUGUGGCUCGAUGAUCUCCAAGAAGAACCAGCUGCUAUUCGCAGAGGCCAGCUGAUCCGCUCAUCCUCACGGACACGGCAUGGCUCACCCCUCAGGACAUCCGCGGCCCGCCUCCGCGUUCAUACUCGUUUCCCUUCUCGUGGGCCCCGAGAAGGCAGCCUGUGCCAGCCUCGGAGAGCAGUUGCUGACUGCCGCGCGCCGCCCAGGAGAUGCGAGCGCUCACGGCGCUUGGCCUCCUGGUGCGGCCCCGGCGGCGCCCGCGGGGUCGCAGGCUGUGGCCGCCUCCGUCGUUGUGCAGGCCUCUGGUUUCAUCGAGGCAGCCCGGAAGAGUCCUCGCCCGGAGGACGCCAGCGUCGUCAAGCUCGCCGAGGUGCAGGGCGAUUUGCCGGCUCCGAGGGCGCACAGUGCCGACCUCGGCGUCAACAGCAGCGCCGACGGCAGCGCUGCCUCUGCCGCACCGGCCCCCGCGGACUCCGAGGCGGACGCGGGUGCAGAGGAGGACAACGCGACAGCAGGGCCGGUGAAGGGGCACGUGGUGGCCAAGGUGUCUUCGUCCGCUGGGUCUGGCGAGUGCCGCCCCGACUCGGAGGGGGCCAGCCUGACGUGCUGCAGCGCCUACACGCGCAGCGCCACCCGCCCGGGCUGCAGAUCCAACGCCAGCUGGGCCGAGGCGAAGGCCGCCUGCAAGGCCAAGGGGAUGGAGCUCUGCUCGAAGGCGUUCAUCAAUGACGGCCUGGGGAAGGGCGCCGGCUGCCCAGAGCUCGACGGAACCGUCAUGUGGACCAGCGAGGAGUGUGUCGUGUCGCCGCUGCAGGUGCCCGCGGUGGCGGCAGCGUCGACGCCCAGCCCGCCGGCAAAGGAAGGCUGGGUGUACGUGUUGCCGCACAAGCUUUCAGCAUCGGCAGCCAGGGACAGGCCCGAGGACUCGGCCUUCACGUACUACCAGUUCGAGCCCCUCAGGGUGCGCGGCCCCCAACAGGUCAUGGAGAUCGCCGAGAUCGUGCUCUCGAACAACGGCUGGCAGGUCAGCACGUCGGGGGCCACCGUGAGCACCCCAUUGGGGGCCACGGACUGCAACCUGCUGAUCGACGGCAACACCAGUUCGAUCUGGACCGACCUGAAGCUGGAGCCCGUUACCAUUCGGCUCCCCGAGCCCGAAAGCGUAGACGGCUUUGGCUUCAUCACGGGCAGCGUGGCCGCCCACGACCCCGUGCGGUGGAAGUUCAGGGGCUCCCUCGACGGGAUCACGUGGACCACCCUGCAGCACCAGGCAGAGGACUACGCCGCCGACGUCCAGCGCCGGGAGCUCCAGGGCUUCGUCUUCGGGGAGCAGCGGCCGACGAGCGGUGCCGCGGCCCGCCCCGCGCCCGCCCCAGACAGCACCACCAGGGUGCCAGAUGCCAGCAGCUACUCGGACAGCCUGCUCAACAAGACCUGGACCACCGCCGACCGCGCCGUCACCGAGGAGGCCGCAGCGGCGGCCCGCCGGGCGCACGUGGAGUCGGCGGAGCAGAAGUACCGGGAGGCGGUGGGCUCGGGCCCUGGGGCGCAGCAGGCGAAGCAGGAGAGGGGGGACGAGCCCGACGCGGUCCAGGCAGCAGCCCUCUCGACGUUCGGCGUGCUCGCCCUCCUUCUGGCCGGCGGCGUGGCCGCCUACUGCACGCACGUGCGGCUUGGCGCCAGCGCGGCGGAGCAGCCCGACAAGGCGCAUCCCCCGCUGCCGCAGCGAGCGGACUGACGGAGGCGCCGUGCCCCCGCUAUGACUGGGCUAGGACUGGGCCAUGGCGAUGGCCGCGGCGGGUCCGUGCGCCGUCCUCGAUGCCCCGUGAGCAGAAAUGUCCCCCCCGUCUACCCCCAACAUUCAGGAGGUAAAGAAACAUACAGACAUAAUGGAUCGUCGACUCCCAGG